AUGGAUUUUACUGGUCUCGCCAACUUUCUGAUCAACUAUACGUCUCGAAACGUUUCGGGUGUAUUGAAGGAAAUAAAGUUGUAUGAAGGCAACACGACGGAUUUGCAGACAAUCAAAUUAUGCGAAGAGAUGGAUGACGAAUCUCUUUUUGGGGAUGAUCUUGCUCUGAAAGCUUUGGCAGCCAAGGAUUACGACACCGUAAACAUUAACGUCGGAGGUACGUUGGGAAACAUGAUUACGUGCAAUGAGGAAUUAUCAACAAUGAAGCCAGUACCACAAUCCUUGAUCGCUAAGAAUACCCUUGUUAUGCUUUAA